AUGGACCACUGGCGCCGCGGCCACAAGCAGAUCUGCAAAAAAAUACACCGCGGCGGCAACGCGGAGCAAUACUACGCCGACAAAAAAUACAAGGAGGCCGUCGCGGUCGCGGUCGAGGCGUGCCGCGGACGACACGAAGGGCAAAAAUGCUACAUCUGUCUCGAGGCCGUGCAUCCGCACACGGGAGAAGGCCUCGUGCGCGGAUGUGCGUGCGGAGAUCGCGACGGCGUUUCGUCUCCGGAACUGGGCGUCGCGCACGUGUCGUGCUUGGCGCGGCAAGCAAAGAUUUUGUGUGACGAGGGCGAGGAGACAGACUUGGACGGCGAGGCGUUUGAUAAGAGGUGGAUGCGUUGGGAAGAGUGCGGCCUUUGCGAGCAACGAUACCACGGCUUCGUGUGGUGCGCGCUCGGGUGGGCUUGCUGGAAGACGUACGUGGGCCGGCCGGAGACGGAUUGGGCUCGAGUCAAUGCGCUAACGGUGCUCGGGAAUGGGUUGUGGGCAGCGGAACGUCACGCGGAGCGGCUGGCUAUAGUUGAGGUCCAGUUGGCCACUCAGAGGCGUCUCGGGAUAUCAGAAUACCCCAUUAUCGUCACCAGAUCCAAUUUUGCCAAUUGUCUCCACUCGCUCGGGCGACUAGACGAGGCUCUCGCGAUGGAGCGUGAUGUUUACGCUAGAUGCAAGGAACUACUUGGAACGACAAACAAAAGUACGCUUCACACCGGCAACAACCUUGCACAUUCGUUAAUUCAGCAAGGGCAAUACGCCGAAGCGAAGGAAUUUGCGGGCAAGCUCAUCCCACAGUGCCGGCGGGCGCUCGGGUCCAAUCACGUAAUGACGCUGAACUGCCACGCGGCCUUUGCGGAGGCCCUCUACAGCGACGCGGGCGCGUCCCGAGCUGAUGUUUUAGAGGCCGUGACAAUACUCGAGGAUGUGGUGAGAGCCCGCCGACGAGUCUUCGGAAAUCAUCACCCGGAGACAAUACGUGCCCUCGCGAUUCUCGAGGGUGCACGAAUGAAGCGCGAGGACGUCGCCGCGUAAGAUUCAAGUAAACAA